UUGGUUCCCGGAAAUGACGUUCUUACGGAACUUGCACAUGGCUGUGUGUUUGCAGAAAAACAUGUGAGGCAGAGCUAGGAAAUCCUGAUCGUGAGUUUUUGUAACAAGUGUGGUUUAAACUUACUAUUAAGGCUAUUAUAAUGAAUAAUUUCGGUAAUUAUCCUGCACCAGAGGUCACCUGUUUGCCUCCGAGACCGAUGCUUAGACCUCCAGUAUUUCACGGGCCACCUCCGGGCCAUCCCGGCAACUUUCACCCGGGGUUCGGCAACUGGUUUGGACCCCCUCCCGGGCCUGGGGCUUACCCACCUCCAGGACACUGGUACGGAGGUCCCCGUCACCCAAACCCUUGGUUUGAUAACCGUCAACAGAACACGUUCGGUCCGCAGAACCAUUUCAGCCAUCAGAGAGAGACUCAACAAGUUGGACAGAAUCAGAACAGUGAUGGAAAAAAGAAAAAGAAAAAGGAGCCGGAGUUUUCACACUUCUGUGAUACAUGUGACCGAGGCUUUAAAAACGAAGAGAAAUAUCAAGAACACGUUUCACAACAUGUAAAGUGCUCUGCGAAGGACUGCAGUUUCACUGCCCAUGAAAAGCUCGUCCAUAUUCACUGGAAAAACAUGCAUGGACCAGGAGCAAAAAAGAUCAAACUUGAUACUCCAGAGGAAAUUGCAAGAUGGAGAGAAGAAAGAAAAAGAAACUACCCCACUCUGUCCAACAUCGAAAGAAAGAAAAAGAUGAAGCAAGACAAGCAGGAAAGAGGAGACGUGCUGGAGACGGCACAGUUUGGGCGGAUGAAGAGCAAAGGACAGCGGGCAGUGCCUGAAUGGGAGCCCGAGGGGCGCAGGCACCAGGGGCCAGGUGGAACGUUCCAGAAAAACCCCUGGGGCAGAAAAGAGUGGAACAUGAGGGCUCCGGAGCCAGAGGGCCGAGAGGCAGAAAGGCCUCGGGAGGGAGACCCCCUGGGAGCCCUGGCCAACAGUGAUGCAGAUUCAGACAAGGACGAAACAGCGGCCAGUGGCAAGGGGGGCCUGACUGUGAUCCCCAAACAGAUAACCUCAAGUCUGGCGGCGCUUGUCGCAAGCUAUGGCAGCACAUCCGACAGUGACAGUGACCAAGGGCCUGAGGAAACACCUCUGCUGAAAGUUUCUGCGGCUCUGGAAGAAAACGUGGCCCUCCUGAGAAAUUGUCCAGAGAGGGCAGUUUGCAGGAUUUCCCAGGCAGCUAAGCGAGACCACUCUGAGGACGGGAGGCAGCCCCUCCAGCCGGCAGCCAAAAUGGCCAGACGCAAGAGCGCGCGGCCCAAGGAAGGGAAGGGCAGCAGUGGGAGUCAGCAGCGGCAUCGACGGACCCUGCUGGAAAUGUUGCUGGCGAAAGAGAUUCGUCACGAGCGAAACGUCAUUUUGCAGUGCGUCCGCUACAUUGUUCAGAAGAAUUUCUUUGGACUGGACACAAAGACCAAAGAAGCCAGCGUGGGGCAGACUGACAAUGACGCUGGUGUGGCUGCUUUGCCUGCAGCCUCCAAGGAGACUGAUGAAAAGAAGGAGAAGCCGCCAGUGGCGGCUCUCUGCUCCCCGCUGUCAGGAGACGCAGACAGUAGCCAACACCAGCACCCAGGAGAUAAUCCCUCUGUGCCGGUGGACGAUGAGAUCUGGGAGCUUCCGGUACUCCACCCCAACAUUUGCUGAUAUUUCAGUUCUUUCAACGGUUCUUUCAACAACUCCGUUCAGAGUUGCUGUGGGUCUAGGGCUUUUUAAUCCUGAUUCAGAAGGACAGGUGUGUCUGCAGUUCAUUCCUGUUCAGAUCUUAAUGAUCUCUCAUCAGCUCAUCCUUACAAUAUUGCUGAUUAGACCAAUUGUACACAGCCUUUUUCCAGUUCUUCAGAUGCUGUUGGUGUAAACACAGACAUCCUCCAUGACCCAGAUUGGACAUCCCUUGUAUAUCCUUUCUUCUUGACAUUUGUACACAAAGUUUUGAUCUGUAAUUAAACUUUCACAUCUAAAGCUGA